CCAAAUUUCACCCCUCAUUUUCUUAUUCUUCUUCCCGCAGCCAAACCCAUUGCUCACUGAUCUGUACUACCAUAAAAGGGAGACUCAGUAUAUAUUCCAUUUGGCGCUCUUUCCACAAAUUAUCCCUUAAAAAUUUCCCCUAAAAUUUAUUUUCAAAAUCGUCGCUUUCGAUUACCCAGAAAAGUUCAUCCCCUCAAGACGUUAUUGUAUGCUAUAUAUAUACUCUGCACAUAGCUCUGCAAGGCUGCUCACAGUUGCUGGCUUGCUUCAAUGGCGUCCGAACAACAGAUGUCUGCAAUUAAGGGUGCAAAGGUGCUUAUGGUGGGUGCUGGCGGUAUUGGGUGCGAGCUUUUGAAGACCCUGGCGCUUUCAGGUUUCAAAGAUAUUCAUAUCAUUGACUUGGACACAAUUGAAGUCAGCAACCUAAACAGACAGUUCUUGUUUCGACAAUCACAUGUUGGGCAGUCCAAAGCCAAAGUUGCUCGUGAUGCAGUGUUGAAAUUUAGGCCUAAUAUCAACAUUACACCAUAUCAUGCAAAUGUCAAAGAUCCGGAAUUCAACGUUGACUUCUUUAAGACAUUUAGUGUUGUUUUGAAUGGGCUUGACAAUUUAGAUGCCAGACGGCAUGUGAACCGCCUUUGCUUGGCAGCUGGUGUUCCAUUGGUUGAAAGCGGAACCACUGGAUUUCUGGGACAGGUCACAGUUCAUGUGAAAGGUAAAACUGAAUGUUAUGAAUGCCAGCCUAAGCCAGCCCCAAAAACUUACCCAGUUUGUACCAUCACAAGCACUCCAUCAAAGUUUGUCCACUGCAUUGUAUGGGCGAAAGACCUGCUUUUUGCAAAACUACUUGGGCCUAAAAAUCAAGAAAAUGACUUGAAUGUGCGUUCUGGCGAGGCAUCAUCUGAACAAACUGAAGAUGUUUUUGAGAGGAAAAAUGAUGAAGACAUUGAGCAAUACGGAAGGAGGAUAUUCAAUCAUGUAUUUGGUCACAAUAUCGAGUUAGCUUUGUCAAAUGAAGAUACAUGGAAAAACCGUAACAAGCCAAGGCCUAUUUAUUACGAAGACAUAAUAACGAGCGAGCUUCCCCGGCAGAAUGGGAAUCAAACUAAAAGUUCAGUACCUGGAGAUACUUCAAGUAUUUCUGCUAUGUCAACUCUCAGUCUUAAAAACCCACAGGAUCUUUGGAGCUUAAAAGAAAACUCAGCUGUGUUUCUUGAGUCCCUGAAGUUAUUUUUUUCAGAACGGGAAAAGGAGAUUGGUAACUUGAGUUUUGACAAAGAUGAUCAAUUGGCUGUAGAAUUUGUUACUGCUGCAGCAAAUAUAAGAGCUUCUUCUUUUGGCAUUCCUUUGCAUAGCCUUUUUGAGGCCAAAGGUGUUGCCGGAAAUAUUGUACAUGCUGUUGCUACAACAAAUGCCAUAAUUGCUGGGUUGAUUGUGAUUGAAGCUAUUAAGGUGCUGCAAAAUGAUGCAAAAAAUUAUAGGAUGACUUAUUGCCUUGAACAUCCUUCACGAAAGAUGCUUCUUAUGCCGGUGGAGCCAUUUGAACCAAACAAAUCCUGCUACGUCUGCUCCGAGACACCUUUGACCCUCGAGGUGAAUACACAUCGUUCGAAGUUGAGGGACAUUGUUGACAAGAUUGUGAAAGCAAAGCUUGGUAUGAAUUUGCCUUUGAUCAUGCAUGGUUCUGCCCUUCUCUAUGAGGUUGGUGAUGAUCUUGAGGAAGAUGAGGUUGCCAACUAUGCAGCAAAUCUCGAAAAGGUACUCUCUGAGCUUCCUUCUCAAGUUAUUGGUGGAACCAUUCUUACUAUUGAGGAUCUUCAACAAGAACUGAAAUGUAGCAUCAACAUCAAGCACAGGGACGAAUUUGAUGAGGAAAAGGAACCCGAAGGUAUGGUUCUCUCUGGAUGGACUCCGAUUGUCGAAAAAAGCAUCGACACCACACCUAACAAUGGUGCCAGCACAUCUGGAGCAACUGAAUCCACCACAACCGACAUAGUAAACGAAGAUGAUGAAGAUUCUGCAAUCAUGCUGACAUCACAAGCCGGCAAAAAGAGAAAGAUAGACGAGUCUGAUGGUUCGGGUGUUUCGCCUGGUCCCACAAAGAUUAAAAGAAAAUUAGACGAGGUUGAUGGUGAUGAUGAUGAUGUUGUUAUGGUUGAGGAUGAUGUAGUAAUGGUUGAAGAAGCUUAGCUUGGUUUACGUUUAGUGUUUUAAUUUAAUGUUAAUUUCUACGUGCAUAUCGUCUCGCAUUAACCUAGUUGAGUUGUGGAAAUACAGAAGGGACUGAUGUGGUGAUUCUUUUGGUGCUUGUAACUCUGGAGAUUUUUUCUAUUUUGUUUUCUAGGUUUUCCUUCAAAUUUUGACAGGAGCAUUGGUUGAGUCACCAUGGAUUUUGUCCCAAUUUGAUGUAGUCAGUGACUAGACUAUGUGGUAUUAUUAGCACUGGUUAAAACCAAUCAUGAUUGAUGGUCUUCUAACUCUUGUAUUUCCUUGAUCUUUUCUUACAUUCUGUUGGAAGGAUAUA